UGUUAUUUUGCUUUUAUCUCAACGUGUUACGGUACAACCCGAACUUAUAAAUUUAUAAGUUCGUGAACCUUAAUCAUACGUGAUACAAGUUUGUAGUUUCUAAGGUAAUUUGCAGUUGGGAGUUUGAAUUUUGAACCUUAGACCACAGAAGUUUGUUUUAAAUUGGAGAAAAGGACAAAAAGUCAUUCCUUUAGUAGGAAAAAUAGGUUCCGUUUAGAGAUUGACUCAGAGAUAUCCAGAUUUGUUACUUUCACCGGCUAUCCUUGAAAUAGGUACAUACCAUUCUGUGUACUUAAUUCGACCUAAUGCACCAGCAGGCAUAUGUGAGUUAUUGGCAUCAUUGACCUGAAUCAGAUUGAAACUUUUAACAUGGGGGAUAUAAAUUACAGUUUAAUUUCUGCAGUUCGCAAUGGCAACACAGAAACAGCGAGAUGUUUAAUUAGUGAUUAUGGACUGUCUUAUUCAGCAGGUUGGUCCGAAGGUUAUGUUUUACUUCGUCAUGCGGUUGAAAAUAAUCGACCAGAGAUUGCCAAAAUUCUUUUAGAAAGUGGUGCUAGGGUUAAUAGCAAAAAUACAUCGUCGACUGAUACACCUCUUCAUUUUGCUGUUAGAAAUGGUAAUUUAGAAAUUGUUGAUAUGCUUCUAGACAGACAUGCUGAAAUCAAUGCUACAAAUGUACGUGGCACUACCCCACUUCAUAUUGCUGUUGAAAAGGGCCACGAGAAUCUUGUUAAGUUGCUUCUGGAAUAUGGAGCUGAUGUUAAUGCUGAACAUUGCAAUGGUAAAAGCGUACUAUACAUUGCUGUUGGAAGAGGAAAUGAAGAUAUUGUUAAGUCACUUUUAGAAUGUGGAGCUGAUGUUAAUGCUGAAGAUCAUGAUGGUAAAAGUGUACUAUACGUUGCUGUGGAAAGAGGAAAUGAAGAUAUUGUUAAGUCACUUUUAGAAUGUAGAGCCGAUGUUAAAAAUCAAGAUCGUAAUGGUAAAAGUGUACUAUACGUUGCUGUGGAAAGAGGAAAUGAAGAUAUUGUUAAGCCACUUUUAGAAUGUGGAGCUGAUGUUAAUGCUGAAGAUCAUUAUGGUAAAAGUGUACUAUACGUUGCUGUGGAAAGAGGAAAUGAAGAUAUUGUUAAGCCACUUUUAGAAUGUAGAGCCGAUGUUAAAAAUCAAGAUCGUAAUGGUAAAAGUGUACUAUACGUUGCUGUGGAAAGAGGAAAUGAAGAUAUUGUUAAGCCACUUUUAGAAUGUAGAGCCGAUGUUAAAAAUCAAGAUCGUAAUGGUAAAAGUGUACUAUACGUUGCUGUUGAAAAGAGACAUGUGAAUCUUGUUAAGUUGCUUUUGGAAUGUGGAGCUGAUGUUAAUGCUGAAGAUCAUGAUGGUAAAAGUGGACUAUACGUUGCUGUUGAAAGAGGAAAUGAAGAUAUUGUUAAGCUACUUUUAGAAUGUGGAGCCGAUGUUAAAAAUCAAGAUCGUAAUGGUAAAAGUGUAUUAUACGUUGCUGUUAAAAAGAGACAUGUGAAUCUUGUUAAGUUGCUUCUGGAAUGCGGAGCUGAUGUUAAUAGUGAAGAUCGGGAUGGUAAAAGCGUACUAUACGUUGCUGCUGCACAAAAAUCUGUCAUAAUUGUUAGACAAAUUUUAAAAUGUUGUCCUAAUGUGAGCAGUGAGAAUAAUAGGAGAGCUCUUCAUGUUGCAGUGCAUGACCGAUGUAGGACGGUAGUUGAAGAUUUACUUAAAUAUGGUUUCAAUAUAGAGCGUGAAGAUGUAAAUGAUUAUAAACUACUGGAUGCUGCUGUUACGGAAGGAUAUUUGGGAAUUCUUGAACAGCUUUUAAAAUAUGGUGCUGAUGUUGACACACCUUUACAUAAAGCAACAAAAAAUAAAGUGGAGGGAGCAGUUAAUCUGUUGGUAAAUUAUGGAGCUGAUGUUAAUUAUAAAGAUAGACAUGGAAGAACUGCCAUAUUUUAUGCUGCUAGGAAUACCGAUUUAAAAAUUUUUUACUUGCUUUUAACUAAUUCUGAUAUUAGCAUGAGUGAUAAACAUGGGCAAUCACUAUUGCAUUUUACAGCUUUGAAAACUGACCAGUCUUUUCCUUUAUUAUAUUUUACAGCUUUGGAAACUGACAAGCCUUUAACUGAUGCUGGUAAUAAUGCUAGGGGAGAAAUUGCAAAAGUGAUUUUAAGUCGGGGUGCUAAUGUAAAUGCCAAAGAUGAAUAUGGUAACACACCUCUUCACACUGCUGUAAAAUCAGAAUAUGUGGAAGUCAUUGAAGCUCUUUUAGAACACAAUGCAGAUGUCGAUUGUACUAAUCGUUUUAACAGAACUCCACUCCACCUUUCUGCUGAACAAGGAAAUGAAGUAAUUACUGAAAUACUUUUAAGCAAAGGGGCUGAUGUCAAUGCCAAAGAAAGAAAUGGAUCAACCCCACUUUAUAAGGCAAUUGAAGGGAAUCAUAAAGAUGUUGUAGAAGUGUUACUAGAACGUGGUGCUCAUUUGGAUUGUAUAAUCAAUAAUAACUUAACAUCACUGCUACAUUUUGCUGCUAAAAAGGGAUAUUACAAAGUUAUUCAAACUAUGUUAAAAUUUGGAGCUGAUGUUGAUUCCAGAAAUCAUCAAGGGAGCACAGCUCUUGAUGUAGCUUCAGAGAAUGGUCAUUACGAAAGUAUUUCAACUCUUUUAGAAUAUGGCGCAGACAUUAAUCUUACAAAUAAAAAUAAGAAAACACCACUUCAGGUUGCUAACGAUUGUGAAAUGUCCAUCGCUUAUGAUGAUGAUUUUGAUUAUGAUCGAGGCAUAUCAAUGUUUAAAUGGAUUGCUAAUAUUUUUAAAGACCAUAUAGUUAAAAUGACUACUGCAGGUUUGUAUGUAAGUCAACAGAACUUGUAUGCAAUGAGUGGCUAUUCUUCCGAAUUAACGGAUUACGAUAAAAAUGACUGUGAGAAGGAAAUUGUAGCCAUGAAGACUGAGAAAAUCUAUACUACAAACGUAUCAUUUCAUGAUAUCUUAUCAAAAGGUAUAAAUCAAUUAGUAGCAUACAUGAGGAACGAACAAAUUAUGAGUCAUUUAACACCUGACAAUAUAGAAAAAAAAUUUCCAAUCUAUUCUAGCAUGCUACAGGAUCGUAUCAGAAGGGGUAUAGCACGGAAAAGGUUACUUGAACAAGGUGAUAGAAUGUUCCGUGUCUUGUGCAACAAUGUACCUGAUAUGCCAUUACUUUGUACAGAAAGAAUAUUUAGUUAUCUCAGUAAUAAGGAAUUAAAAAAUUUUAUUGGUGGUUGUGAGCUUAGAAUCUAAUGUGCCUUUGUAAUUCAGUCAACAUCAUUAUGAAUUUCUGCUCUAUAAUAUCUAUGUAUUAUAGAAAAUCUAUACAUGUGUUUAUAACUUUGAAUAAAUUUUUUUCUCUUA